AUGCAGAGCUUAUUUUGGAUGAUGAGAGGUCUUGAGUUGGCCCUGCUGCUGCUGCUGUGUGCUGCUUUACAGUCCAACAGUAAGUGAAAAGACGUAUUUGACAAAUCUUUGAUUUAUGAUAUUAUGUAAAAAAUUUAAAAAAGAGUUAAAUCAGAAAUAAUAACAGAGGCUCAUAGAUAGUUUGGCUUUUGCUUGAAGUUACUUUUGCAGAAUCAGUGUCUCUGAUGGAUCUAAAUUAUCUCUCAGUUCUAGAUAUUGAUCUCAUCCUGUUUGAAUAAGUACCCGGGUCACUCAAUUUAAAAGGAAUCAGGGGUCAAGCAUCACAGUUUGGAAGGUUAAGAUAUGGAAAGUUUAAGUGAAGAGUUUUCUAAUUGUUUCAGUGCACAGUUUAAGAGCUGAUGCUUGUUUAUCGCAUUUGCUUCCAGGCAUGUCUCCACCAGGCAAACCAGUCCUGCUGAGCUGCAGGUCCCCUGAGAAGGAGACGUUUACCUGCUGGUGGGAGCCAGGCUCUGAUGGAGGUCUGCCAACAACACACCGCCUCUAUUAUGAGAGAGAAAGGUCAGUGUGUUGUUGCAUUUUGCCUCAAUGAAAGGGUCACAAUAGAAAUAGUGCAAAGAAAUGAGGGCAUACAGCUAAUACGAUAAAUCAAAUUAGGGUUUAAAUCCCUUUAUGUUGGGAGGUUUUUUACCCCUUAGGCCUCCAGAAUCUUCUUCAGUUUUGGUUUAACACCCACCCUGUGAGUAAGUGAAAGUAAAGCUGUUGUUGUUGUUGUCAGGGAGGUGAGUGGAAAAGUACUGACUCCCCUGUUAGCACACUUGUGCUCACUCAUCUGAGCACAAUUCUUUGUUGCUGUGCAGAGAAACCUGUAGGCUUUAUAUGCACACCUGUCAGAAGUAAGCCACAGUGUUCAGAUAUCAAAACAAAGUGCAAAUACUCAAAGUCCCAACCUUUUCUAGAGCGGCAGUUGUCAGUUCACUGCUUUGUUACUGGAUUGUAAAAACACUGUAAGACAACCUGACCAAUGAUACUCCUUUCAUUUGGUUGAUCUCUGAUAAAAAUGUGGACCAAACCUAUACCCUGACCAUUAGCAGUCUUCUUUUGUCUUUGUGCAGACUAAAGGGAACACACGAGUGUCCGGACUAUCAGUCAGCGGGCAAGAACUCCUGUUUCUUUGACAAAAACCACACCUCCAUCUGGGUCGACUACUACCUGACAGUGGUGGCCUCCAACGCACUUGGAAAUGCCACUUCAGACCUCCUGAAGUUGGAUGUGAUGGAAAUCGGUAAGUCAAGUAAACUAGUUUUAAGUAGCCCUGGAUCAAAGUAAGUUAAAUGAGAUGAGAAUCAAACUACAAGGAGAACUGACUGGGGUUUCUUCUGAUUUCACUUUGAACUAUUGAAGAAAACUGGAUCUAUUCGUUGAAGCACAAAAUGAGAAGAAACUGGUCUUGUCUGGUUUUGUGUACGUGUGUACUGUCUGAGAUCAAAUUUCACAUCCUCUGUAUCGCCUGCAUAUAAAGAGUGAAGUUUUCCGUGCAGGUAGAAAAAAGGGGAUUUUUAACGUUAUUAAUUGCAAUAAAUCAUUGACCAAAAUCCAAAAUAACACAAUGAGAUUAAGUAUUUUCUACUUGAUAUACUUAAUUAAGUAUUAAGUAUUUUGUUGAGCCUUUUGUCUGAGGCACACACACACAGACACACACACACAGACACACACACACACACACACACACACACACACACACACACACACACACACACACACACACACACACACACACAAAAUAAUAGUAAUAAUUGCUUUUAAUCCUUGGUCAUUCAGGUCUUGAGUCAGACAGUCAGUUUGAUAAAACUUUAUUGAGUUCCUCACAUAUUAAAAACUUUUCUCACCCCUUCAGUUUCUGACAAGAUAGUUUUCUAGUGCUAGUCCCAGAUAGAUAACAAUAUAAUAGGUACACACAUAAAUUAUGAUUGUUAGAACAUAUGUGAUUUUGCAUGUUUGCCAUUCUUUCAUCCGAUUUCAACUCAUCUGCUACUUUGAUAAUGACUAAAAACCUGAAAAACUAAGAAAAUGACCACUAACCCUGGAUCAUCUUGCUUGUAUUGCUGUUGUGUUGCAUGCUUAUCCAGCAAACAAAGAGGGUGAACAUUUUAAAAGAGGCAUUUUUGUCAUUGCAAGUAUAAAAGCACGCCUAAUAAGUGAGUUAUGUAUCUAUCUGUAAUCGUCAGUGAAGCCGGACCCUCCUGAAAAUGUGGCGCUGCAGGUGGAGGACAGAGAGGACAGUCCGCUGCUGCAUGUCAGCUGGGAGCAUCCCCAUAACACAGACAUCAAGUCUGGCUGGGUUACCAUUAAAUAUGCACUGAGAGUCAAACAAGGCAACAGCAAUAAGUGGAAGGUGAGCUUCAAACUGUAUUCCCACAGACUCCAAUAUAUAAUUUUCUAAAUUUUUGGUCUUACAAAUCAGGGUAUUUAAAUGUGUCUCUUUUAUGUAGUGAUUGUAGUUUUGGAUAUUUUAUGGAUCAAAGAACAAAUAUUGGGAAAUUGAUUGAUAGUGAAGCACUUAUUAAUGGCAGUCCUGCAGCAAAAACAACUUUGUGAUGCUAUAACAAAUAUGUUUACUGUUGCACAACUGUUCAAAAGCUGUAUCCUUAUGUUGAAAGUAAAUUUAAAGUUGAAAAAGGAUUAAAUUUGUAUUAGAUCCUUGUCAAAUAAUCAUAAGAAGAUAAGCUACAAUCCAAAGGUUGGGGGCAAGUCAAGCUUUAAAGUUAAAUAAGAGAUUUUAAUGAGAGAUUUAGUAAAGAAUUAAAACUGCUGCAAGUCACUGUAAUCAAAAACAGUUGUAAAAACUUCAGACCUCCGAAGAAGAGGAAUUGAACUACCUGUCAGUUUGAGGUCAGGUUUACGUAAUCAUCCAGCAGAGGGCAACACAGAGGCCCUGUCCAGAACUGUCUCCUGCUUUGACCCACUUUUAUACAGAAAUAUCUGCACAAUGUAGUUCAUAAAAAUGUGCAUUUUAAAUGAACCUGACACACGCAGACACGUCGAUGCUCAUCUUGAGUUCGAUUCCUUUUUUUCUUCCUCAGGAGUACACAUCAGGUACACAAACCCAUUUCCGCCUGUACAGCGUCAGUCCCGGGGUGGAGUACACGGUUCAGGUGAGAUGUAUGUUAGAUCAUGGCUUCUGGAGCGAGUGGAGCAACACCUCCUCUAUGGGAAUCCCAAACUGUAAGUGUAGCUGUAGUACAGGUCUUGCUCUUUGCUGUGUCUUUUGCAUGAUGAUAAGGCUGCAACAAGAACUUGAAAGUUACAGGAACUCCUAAAAACUGCAAAAUGUGAUUUUUUUUUCUUUAAUCAGAUCUUCAGACUGAGAGGCCGUUUUGGGUUUUGAUGCCCACCCUCUUUGUGAUCCUGUGUACUGUAGUAAUGUUUAUCCUGGUUCUGAAGAGGAAAAAGUGAGUGACACCUGCAGAGUAAUAUAUGUACCAUUGUGAGAGAUGUGUCUAAUCCUGACUUAUGUUUGCUCCUGAAGCUUGAAGCAGUACGUCCUGCCACCUGUUCCACGUCCGAAGAUAAGUGGAGUUGAUUUUCAGCUUUUGAAGGUAAAACUGCACCUGAAACAUUUUUUUAGAUAUACCCAGAAAGUUGCUUUUUUUCUCUGUUUAAUGUACUUAAUUUACCCUGACCUCCAGAGUGCACCCACUGAAGAUACCAUCAAUGCCCUGAAUCAGAACUUCCCUUGUAUGGUGGCCUGGAAGGAUCAGAUGGAGGACUAUUUAAUUGUCACUGAAAAUGACAAUAGAUUUCAACCAGAUUUCUUCAGUUCACAGAAAAGGAAGAACAGCCUUUUGUUUCCGUCUGGUUUAUACUUACACUCUGAAAUCCAGGAGUCAGAGCCCAGACUGAAUGACCAGGAGAACGUUGGGAAAAGAAGUUUAUCUUAUGUUCCCGCCCAGGAACAUCAAAACCCGAGUCUAAACUUUGUGUUCACAGAAGCACCAGAUCAGACUCACUCAAAACAUGACGCCUCAGUCAAGCCAUUCCCAAACACUGGGUAUGUGGAUAUUCAGAGGUGUGGAGGAAAUACACAGGAGGUGGAUGAGGAACAGCUGCAGUACAGCAGAGUGAAAGAAGUGGACAGCGCUCUCAUACUGGAGAAAGAAAAUAUCACUCUGAGCAGGUCUGGCUACACGGAUAUUCAGAGGCAGGAGGAAAACACAUCGGAGGGCUACAGCAGAGUGAAAGAGGUGGGCGGUGACAGUGUGGUCAUCCUGCAGCAGAAAAAAAAUCUAUCUCCAGACUCUGCCUAUCAAGAGGAGAGAGACUACUACAUGGACUAUAAACCAAGAAGUCCUCAUGUGACUGGAUUUAAUAGGACUGGAUUAUGCACAGAGAUGAAUGAUAGCGGGUAUGUAGAUAAUGUCCUGAACCACUUUUAA